GCUGGAGCUGAGCGGAUGGCUGCGGGUGCUGCAGUGCGUAGGCAGUCCAACAGCUGACGCGUGUGUGCAGUGUCGCCGUACGCGCCUAUGUGUUAGUGGCAGUGUGUGUGUGACGGGCAGUGACGGGCAGUGACGGGCCGCACGAGCCGCGGCGUGUCACCAUGCCGAUCAGUGACAAUGAGUGCGACGACUUCGAUGUGGACUACGGCGGUGCCGGUGGCUACGGCGACCUGGGCGACGGCCUGGGCGAUGGCAUGGGCGACGGCAUGGGAGACGGCAUGGGCGACGGCAUGGGCCAGCCCAUGUCCAAGGCGGAGCAGAGACGGAGCAACAAGCCGAUCAUGGAGAAGAGGCGGCGGGCGAGGAUCAACCACUGCCUCAACGAGCUCAAGUCGCUCAUCCUGGACGCCAUGAAGAAAGACCCGGCGCGACACUCGAAGCUGGAGAAGGCGGACAUCUUGGAGAUGACGGUGAAGCACCUGCAGAACGUGCAGCGGCAGCAGCUAUCGCAGGCCGUGUCCACCGACCCGCACACCCUGCACAAGUUCAAGUCCGGCUUCAGCGAGUGCGCCAGUGAGGUGAGCCGCUACGUGUCGCGGAUGGACGGCGUGGAGCCCGCGGUGCGGCAGAGGCUGGUGGCGCACUUGUCGGGCUGCGUGCAGGGCCUGCAGCAGGUGGCGCCCUUCUCCUUCCCGCCGAUGGGCCAGGGCCUGGGCCAGGGCCUCGGCCAGUUCGGCCAGGGCUUAGGCCAGGGCUUAGGCCAGGGCCUGGGCCAGGGCCUCGGACAGGGACUGUCAUCCCCCCUCAGCACCUCGGCGUCAGUGCUGCAGCAAGUGCAGCUCUCGGCGGGCGACAUCAACAACAACAGCAACGUGUCGUCCUCGCGGGUGCAGGGCGUGCAGAGCGUGCAGCUGAUCCCCAGCCGCCUGCCCACCGGCGAGCUGGCGCUGCUGCUGCCCAACUCGGGCCAGCUGUCCUCGCAGCUCUCCGCCGGCCUCCUGUUCCCCCCGGCCUCGGCCACGGCCUCGCCGGCCGCCACCGCGGCCCCGGACACCGUCAUCGCGACGCCCGUCAUCAAGGCGUCGCCGCACGCCAGCGCCUUCACGGCCGUCGGCAACCUGAGCGCGCUGGGCUCGGUGGCGGCAACCCCGCCCGCCAGCGACGCGACGUCGGGGUCGUCGUCGGGGUCCGCCACGUCCUCGCCGGACACGCCGCCGGCCUCGGCCCGGGCGCUGCAGCUGUCCCGCGUGGCCGCCGACUCGUCCACGUCGUCGGACGCCUCGCCGUGCCUGCGCGGCCGGGCCUCGCCCUCGCCCUCGUCCGUGGAGAUCAAGCUGGAGCCCAAGAUGGAGGUCGGCGCCGAGGCCCUGUGCACGCCCCGCGCGGCGCACGUGGCGCACGCCGGGCCCAGGUCGUCCGUGCUGGACUUCUCGCUCAAGCGCUGCGCGUCCGACAGCUCCGAGACCGAGGGCGACGCGGAGGCCGAGGCCGGGCCGCCCAGCAAGAUGCCGAGGUACACGCUGAGCGUCAUGUCGGCGCCGGCCACCUCCACGGGGAUGGCUGGCCUUCCCCACGGCCUCGGACACGGCCUCGGACACGGCCUCGGCGCGCCCUUCCCGGCCGUGCCGCUGGGCCACGGGCUGGCCAGGCCACUGCCCCUGCAGGCCUCGUCGCAGCCCAGCGCGGCCGAGGACAGGGACAUGUGGCGGCCCUGGUGACGUUCGACUUGCAGGCCUCGUCUUUGCGUUUUGCUUUUUGCCUUUUGCUCCGCCUCGAGGCUCGUCGCUUUGCUUUUGUCGCGAGCCGGGCGAGCAGGCAAGUCGCCGGCCUCCACGAGAGUCGGCGUUCACUGGCGUACCUGAGUGAGGGACGAGUAGGUUUGUCCUCAAACCUGCUGGAGGAAUGGCAAGUUCGUAAAAAGGCGUACUUUCGGGAGCUUUUGCGUUUGUGGCCUUUUUGACUGUUUGCGUUCUACGUAGGCUGUACUUGUCCACUGUGAACAAGUCUCGUUACCAGUAAUGUAGUGCCUUGAACUUGUGCCUAAGUUGUGGUUUUUCACUUCCCUGAAUCUAUCUGUGAUUAUAUUGAUUGCUUUAAAAUUUACUGUAUAUAUUAAUUACUUUUUAAGGAUGUGCCUUGUUCGCCACUUAAUCGAUAGUCCGAUUUUUGCCCACCUAUGUGAUAAGAGUGUUAAAUGCCAAGGCCUUUUUUCGUGAAAUGCCGCAAACUGUUUACUGCGUAAACUGGCACUGAUCUCGACAAUGAAAUGUACAAAAUAGUGUGUAAAUGUGUACUUAAUCUCUACAUCUACUGCCCCUCGCGGCGGAGCGCAACACCACAAGUGCCUUAUGUUUUUCUUGUCCUGUGGUCGGGCCAUGCCAUGCCCACCACAGGUUUCGUUUUUGUGCCCUAGUCUGGUGCCACUGGCCCAGCAAAUUGACGUGAAUUUUUAUGUACAUAGUAUGAAUGCUCGUGUAUUUUUAUAAACUUUAUAAGCUGUUACCGCUGCGGCGUGUCACUCCUUUCAAGGGACGUGUUUCAUAGCCAGACAAAAUGCGUGCCGAAAGGAAGAACCUGAGAAAAUGUAAUGUCAGCGAAAAUAUAAAUUCAUU